AUGGCAUCUCCAAUUCCACACCAUUUGUCUCUAACACCCAACAACUCGUCGCACUUCCAAAAUAUUAGCAACGCCAAAAUCAUCAACGGGAACCUUGCGAUGACGAACAACACCACUUUGGUUAACCAGGUGGCGUCACCACCGCCAUCGAACCAGUCGGCGCAGAACUCGCAACAACAGAGGGAUGACUCGACGAUUGUCGGGUUACACUACAAGAUCGGGAAGAAGAUCGGGGAGGGGUCGUUUGGUGUGCUGUUCGAAGGUGUGAACAUGAUCAACGAUACCCCUGUCGCCAUCAAGUUUGAGCCACGGAAGACGGAGGCACCUCAGUUGAAGGACGAGUACAGGGCGUACAAAAUACUCAGUGGGACUCCCGGGAUUCCACAGGCGUACUAUUUUGGUCAAGAGGGGCUGCACAAUAUCCUCGUGAUUGACCUGCUGGGGCCCUCCCUGGAGGACCUGUUCGACUGGUGCGGGAGACGGUUCUCCGUGAAAACCGUCGUGCAGUGCGCGGUGCAAAUGAUCACUCUUUUGGAGGAUCUCCACUCGAGAGACCUUAUCUACAGGGAUAUCAAGCCGGAUAACUUCCUUGUUGGGAGACAGGGCCACCCGGAGGCUAACAACAUCCACCUGAUUGAUUUCGGUAUGGCGAAACAGUACAGGGACCCAAAGACGAAACAGCACAUCCCGUACAGAGAAAAGAAGUCACUGAGCGGUACUGCACGGUACAUGUCCAUAAAUACACAUUUGGGCAGGGAGCAAUCUAGAAGAGACGAUAUGGAGGCCCUCGGCCACGUCUUCUUCUACUUCCUACGCGGGUCUCUCCCCUGGCAGGGGCUCAAGGCUCCCAACAACAAGCAAAAGUACGAAAAGAUUGGUGAGAAGAAACGUAUAACUAAUGUAUACGACUUGGCUCAGGGGUUGCCCAUCCAAUUCGGCCGCUAUUUGGAGAUCGUCAGAAACCUUUCCUUCGAAGAGACACCAGACUACGAGGGGUAUCGCCGCUUGCUCCUGUCCGUCCUGGACGACUUAAACCUCUCCGCAGACGGUGAAUACGAUUGGAUGAAACUGAACGGGGGGAGAGGGUACGACCUCACCAUAAACAAGAAGCCAAACCUGCACGGUUACGGUCAUCCAACCCCACCAAACGAAAAGGCAAGGAGACACAGGUCUAAGCAUCACCAGCCAGCUGCACUUGCUCUUGCAGCAGCAGCACAGGCCACCAACGCGGGGCAGAUGGCCGCAGGUGCUGUCGCUGCUGCGGCUAAUGCGGCAGUGCCAUCCUCUAGAGCGGGUGCUGGAGCUGCAGCAGGAGCACCGGGCACGGGCACGGCAACGGACGAGAACAGGCUGGACCCAACGUCGUACGAGGCCUACCAGCAGCAAACACAACAGAAGUACGCUCAACAGCAGCAACAGAUGCAACAGCAACAGCAGCAAAAGAAUGGGAGGGCCGGUGCCGGAUUACAGCAGGACAGGAAUAACAAACUGCCAUACGGUAUACAAAACCAACCAAACGCAAAGAACAUUGGCAAUACUAAUAUUAAUAACAGUAACAACAUCAACGACAUGGGGGACAACGGAAAUGCCAUCAACCGCAAUAAUCAUGCCACCCAGACACAAUCGAGUGCCUCCUCGAGAGGAGGUUUCUUCAGUAAAUUGGCAUGCUGCUAG